AUGGGCCUGCCGAGGAGGAAGCUGUUGGCCACCGUGGAGGAGACACUCGUACCACCGCCUGCCCUACCCGAAAAGCACCUCAUCGCUCGAGUCCUCCGGGCGACUGGCAAUAAUGUGUACUCGGUGGAGCUCCCUUCCAAAGACUCGAUAUUAGUGGAAUUGCCUGCUCGAUUCCGUUCAACUAUCUGGAUGAAGCGCGGGUCCUUUGUUGUGAUCGAUUCUAACGCGCUUGACGAAAGGGAGAAUAAACUUUCAGGGCAAAUAGUAAAUAUCGUGAGGGAUGAGAAGGCGUGGCGCAAAGCGAGCUUCUGGCCAAAAGAAUUUAUGAGGCAAGCCGUACCGGAUGGCGAUGAUGAGGAUUGCAACGUAGGCAAAAUGCCUCCUUCGGACUCGGACGACGCGUAA